AUGGAAGAAGCAUUUAGGCGGCUAAACGGCCACCCCUCCCACUCCACCGAGCCGGCCGAGCCCUUCCCGGAGUCCCACAAGCCCAAGAACUCCUCCAAGAGGGCCCACAAGGACAGCUCCAUAGGCGGCGGCUCCACCGCGGCCUCCACCACGAUGAGGUACCGCGGGGUCAGGCGCCGCCCCUGGGGAAGGUACGCGGCGGAGAUACGGGACCCGCAGUCGAAGGAGAGGAAGUGGCUCGGCACCUUCGACACGGCCGAGGAGGCUGCAUGCGCCUACGACUGCGCCGCCCGGGCCAUGAGGGGCAUCAAGGCCCGCACCAACUUCGUCUACCCCACCACCGCCUUCUCCCACGGCGACCUCUUCUCGUCGUUCCCUCAUCCUUCCGCGCCGGCCCAUUUCAGUCUCCACAAACCACAUCCGGGUCAUCACCCCCACCGUCAGCCGACCCCGACUCCUCUGCCACCGGCCCUCAUGGACUUCCCGGCACGCUCCUCCUUCUCACGCUCAACGAACUUCACCUGUCCGGCGCCGCAGGGGAUCGCAUCCCGCCGGUCCAACUCCAACAACAAUGCCAUGCUCCUCCUGCGUGAUCUCAUUAACAACACGUCCUCAUCAAAUUCCCUCCCCGCGGGUUUGCUGGACCCGCCACCAGAGCAGCCGCCUCUGAUUGGUCACCAAGAAUUCCUUCCCUCCGAUCAUAUCCCGAUGGACUAUAAGAGCGAUCACGGGGAAGAGCAUAAGGCAGCUGAGCCGAUGAACGGGGCUGAGUUCUUCCCGCAGGAGCCAUCCGAUUCAGGGCUGCUCGAGGAGGUCAUCCAGAGGUUCUUCCCCAAGCUGCCGCCUCCGAAGAGCACCUCCCCGCCUCCCAUGGAGUCAGUUAGCGAGGAUUAUAAUAAGAAAGAACAUCACCAAAUCGAUAUUAAUUCUAGUGGAGGGUUUGGCGAUUUGGUUGAUUACUAUCAUUGCCCAGGGCUAGGGUUCCAGCAGCAGCACGAAAGUGUCGCGGCACCAGCGACUGAGUUCCUCGACGGUCCUCCCCGCUAUCAGUUCAUUCCUUACAAUUGA